GUGGCAAUUAAUGAAAUUUAUUUUUAUGAAUGAUUUCAUUACAAGCAUGUGAAAAAAAAUUAUUUCUCCACAAACGAGAAAUAGAUGGCGCCGCUGGAAGUUAUGUAGUAGCGGCUUUAUGCGGAGACUUAAGUUGACAUUUCUACUCCGCGGCUCACAUUACGAUUUCCUGAAUGAAAAAAAAAAAUCAUUCAAUCGAUGGCCACAUGGAGUAAACCAGUAAAUGGCCAAAUUUUGCAAAAUUACUUGAGCGGCGUGCAGCGCGCCUGGUCUGUGGCGGAUGGUGAGACGAUGGCAUCUUUUAUUUCACUCAAAGACAAGCAUAUAAUGAAUCGUAAUUUAUAUGUGGAGUGUCCAGAGAAUGCCGUGGAACGUAUGCUGGAUCCGCCCAUUGAUGAGAUUGUUUGUGCGCAUCCGAAAGUACUCUAUUACUUGGGCUUGGAAACUCGCGAUUUUAUGCAAGCUUAUCGCCAACAAUCACAAUGCAUACAAUCUGUUGUGAAAAUGUUGCAACAGUUGAAGGAGGAGAACUGGUGUCUUCCCAUAAUGUACCCAACCUGCUUGGAUUUGCGAAUAUUAGCGCAAAAAUGCGAAGAACUUGGCAGCAGCAGCAAGCCGGGGGAAAUUCUUGAGAAGGCCGCAGACUGCUUAAUGAGCUGUUUCCGUGUAUGUGCCGCAGAUAAUAGAUCCUCGGAUGACGACACUAAACGCCUUGGCAUGCUCAACCUUGUUAAUCAGCUAUUCAAAGUCUACUUCCGCUUAGCUGUUUGCGGUUUGUAUGAGCGCCUCUCGACCAUAUGAAACUUUCGCCACGCUUAAAAAGUAGAAUCUCACUAUUUUGAAGGCAUCCCCCACACUUGCUAGGUUCUCUGAACUGCUAUCUAGUUUCUCAGUAAGUAUACUCUUCAACCAUAUUUCAGCUGAAGGCCUAAACAGGACUAUUUCUGGAUUUUUAACUUUUUGAUAUUUUCUUCCCCAACUUUGACUAUCUCGGGUGAAAAAAAAUGUA